AUGGCAUUCAAUCCGAAAAACCUCAGCUAUGACCACAAGGAGCCUGCUUUCUUGCGCCGCAUGAAAGGCGACUUGACUGCCGGUCGUGAUACUGACCGCCACGAGCGGCCCGUUGCACGACCUAAGCGCUUGAAGCGUGACGAUGAGGAAGACGACGGGCCAACUUACGUGGUCGAAGAGAGCAACGACACGCUCACCAAGGCUGAAUAUGAAGCCCUUGUCAAUGGAACUACCGAAGAGUCUCCAGCUGCCCAUGCCACUUCGGAUGCAGCCGAAGGGAAAGAUGGAGACGAGGUUGCCGCGGAAAAAGCCAAACCAAAGCAGCAGCAAGUCGCAUCUGUUGGCGGUGCUUCAAAGAAGCGAAAGGCUGUCAAGAUAGGAGGUGAUGCAGACGAUGAAGAGCGUGAUGAAAGCAGAGCAGAUGAGAAAUCAGGGAAAGCAGAGGACCCACAGAAGAAAGAAACAAAGCCCAAGAAGCCCAAGAAAAAAGCAAAGGCUGUCAAGCUUUCUUUUGGCGAUGAAGAUUAA